GGCCUCGUCCGUCCGAUGGGUACCCUGGACCAUCGUCAACCGUCGCGCCCGCCUCCCGCCUGCUCUCACGUCACGUGCCGUCCGUCCGUGUUGCCAUCGCGGCCAUCUCCUCCGCUCCGUUUCAUUCCCACGCACUCCACGUCGCCUUCUCCCAUCCCCUCCUCCCCUCUUCCCUACCCACCGCCGCCGCUGCCGCUCCAGGGCCCCGAAAUGUCGGUCGAAGGCGGCGCCGGCGAGCCGCUCAGUGACCGCCAGAAGCGGGAGAUCGCCGUUUGGUUCCUCUCCAACGCGCCCGCCGGCGAGAUCCACUACGUCGCCAAAGAUGUGCGCGCGCUGCUGGGGGACGACGCGGUGUACGAGGCCGCCGCCGCGGAGGCCUUCCCGGAGUACAACAAGGCCCGCCUCGUCUACUUCGAGCUCCCCGACCGCAGUGGCGACAUAAUCAUCUCAACUUAUGGGGAGAUUGACAAGAAUAAUUAUCUGGACCCCAGGACUGCACAAGUUGCUACUAUAGAUCAUUUGAAACAGACCUGUACAAAACUGAGGCCUGCUGAAGAUGAGGAGCUUCCAUCAGCUUACAUUGAAGAGUUUAGGUGUGCUUUAGAUGUUGAAUUGUCAAAAUACGUUGUUGAAGCUUAUCCCAAAGGGGCCUGUGCCAUUUAUUGUACUAGUGGAAAGGAUAUAGAGGGACCAGGAUCAGAUUUCAGUUUCACAGCAGUUAUUUCUGCGGCUAAGCGUAGCCCACAGAACUUUUGCAAUGGCAGCUGGCGUUCAAUUUGGACCAUGGAAUUCAAUUAUGAGUUGCAGUUUGUUAAUAUUAAAGGAAAUAUACAGGUAGAUGCUCACUAUUUUGAAGAGGGAAAUGUCCAGCUGGAUACUAAUAUUGAUCGCAAGGACUCCACCAUAAUGCAGUCACCUGAUGAUUGCGCGGUUUCAAUUACUAACAUCAUUCGACAUCAUGAGUCUGAAUAUUUGUCAUCUCUCGAGGAAUCAUACUUAAAUUUGUCUGAUGCAACUUUCAAGGAUCUUAGGCGAAAACUUCCAGUUACCCGGACCCUUUUCCCAUGGCAUAACACAUUGGCAUUCAGUCUUACGAGAGACCUUGCCAAAGAAUUAGCACUUGGAAAAUGAGUCUCAGCAGGCCAUGUCACCGGAUGGCUUCAAGUGGAAUUUUUAUAUCCAUGCCAUGUUGUGCUGUUCUGUAGUAAUCAGCAUUCUUCAUUGUUUGAUGUCUGAGCUUCCCAAUCCCAGUGUAAAUCAAGAACACACUUUUGUAGAGAAUGGCAUUCAGAAAAUAUUACACUCUUCACAUAUUUUCCUGCGCAACCAGAAAAUAUACACUCUUCAGUCUUCA